UUCCUGAGGAAGCGGUCUCCCGAUCCGGAGGCAGCCCCGCUCCCACGGCCCAGAGUGGGCCUUGCGGGGCCAUGGCGGACGAGGGGCAGGGUGCCUGGAGCGAGCAGGCGGUGGAUCACUUUCUGAGGUCGCAGCGCAUCGAAGCCAGAGAUGCUGCCGCCGUCCGCUGGUUCCACGCCGCCAACAGCAAGGCCCAAGCCAGGGUGGCCGCGAGAAGUGAUGUUCACAUGAUAGAAGCAGAUGUUGUUCUUCGUGGUGGCCAGGGAGGAAAUGGAGACCCUAUCAUGGCUCAUCCACCUGAAACAGACAGUGACAACACGUUGAGGGAAUGGCUGAAAGAGAUUGUCAACACGGAUAAAGGCAUCAAGCUGGAUUUUAAGAGCCUAGAUGCCCUACGGCCUUCCUUGGAACUUCUUGAACAUGCGAAGCACCACUUGAGGCGACCCAUUUGGAUCAAUGCAGACAUCCUACCAGGACCUAAUGGCAGUAGCUCUGUAGUGGAUGCAACAGGAUUCCUUGGCACUGUCACCUCAUUUUUCCCAAAUGUGACCUUAUCACUAGGGUGGACAACUGGCUGGCACCCUGACAAGUGCAAUAAAGGCUAUGACUGGGUGAUGGUGAAGGAAAUGGCUCAGAUAUGCAACACGCUUCCCCAGCCUGUAACUUUCGCUGUAAGAGCAGCGCUGGUACGACAGUCAGUAUCUGAGCUGCGCUGGUUAAUCCAGCAGUCAGAUAGGUACAGUCUCACCAUUUGGACAGGAAAGGAAGAUGUGUACUCUGUAGAAGAUUUGCUUUACAUCCGAGAAAACUUUGAUAAAAGUAGGGUUUAUUAUGACAUUUUAGAGCCACAAAAUUCUGAAUUCAGAAAAGCCAUAGUAGCAUACUAAAUAGGGAAGC